CACUUCUUCUCUUUCUCAGGUUUCAAGUUCCAACCUUUUUCCAUGGAAUUCAAGUACCGCGCUGUCGACAACCCACCGACGCCAACGUCGCACCCUCUCUCCACCAUCACCUAUUUCUCCGAUCGCUCAUCUAGAGGUUGCUUUUCCGGCAACGUCCCGGCGAAAAAACUAUUCCGAAUGCCGGUGGUGGGCAAUGCCGGCGAAGCGUUAAGGCGAGAGCUGGAGAAAGAGCAAAUCCGGCGAGAGAUAGAGAAGGAGGAAAUCAGAAGAGAGAUAAUCGCCGGCGAGAUUGCACGGAGGCGAGAGCUGGAAGAGGAAGUUAGGAGGGAACUGGCGUUGGAGAGAGGGUUAGGAAUCCCAAUGCAAAGGAGUUUAUCGUUUCAAGAGCACGUUUCCAUGUGCUUGAAUCCGAGGCUGAACCCGGUUGAUACAUUAUAUGGUGGGUCACAGCCACAAUUACCGCAACUUGUGGCACCUACUCAAAUCAAACCUUCUCCGCAGAAUAACAAGGAUAAAGUAAUCAUACUGGCUAAGCCAGACCCUGGUCCUCAUGGUGCAAAGCGAAAAGUGAUAACACCUCCUGCAGUUUAUGGCAGGGAGCAUUCUCCAUUUGGUUUGCAGAAGAAACCCAAGGAGGAGUGGAGUUGUGCACUAUGUCAGGUUAGUGCCACAAGUGAGACAGGCUUGAAUGACCAUCUUAAGGGAAGGAAGCACAAGGCCAAAGAAGCCGCACUCAGAACUCCAAAGAUUGGUAAGAGCACCAAGACAUCAUUAUCAUUAAAUAUAAGCAUAAAGUGUGUGAAAUCUACUAAAGCCAUUGUUACCACGAAAACAGGGUUGGAUGCAAAAGCAGAUAAAGGUGUAACUUCCUCCACAGACACAAAUCACACAACAGUUGAUAAAGGUGUAAUGGAAUCUAAAAAUGAGGAACACUCUGCGCAGAAAAGCCAAGAUAUAGGUGGUUUGGAGAACGAAAAUGAAACAGCAACCAGUACAGAAUCAGGGAAAGUAAAAGCAUUGACGAGGAAGAAGCUCGAAUUUUGGUGUGAAAUUUGUCAAAUUUUUACUCGCUCAGAAAUUGUGAUGCAAGGCCAUAAAAAUGGGAAAAAACACUUGAUGCGAAUAAAGAAAUUUAAAAAAAACAAUGGGAGUGCCCCAUCCACAUCCUCAGUAUCACUUCAAGAUACUGGGUUGAUCAAAGAUACAGAUGCUGUUAGCAAAGAAACUGACCAAAAGAUGACAUCUGUUUUGAAUGAUGAAACAAUACCAAAGACAGCAGAGAGAUCUUCAGAUUCAGAGGAAGUGCAUCCACCCAAAGGAGAUAAAGAAGGUGAAGAACUAUGA